GUAUUUUUCUCGGCACAGACUGAUCUAUACUUUUGCUUCCGCUCUCCUCUAACAUUUUAUAAUGUUACUUUAUGUUUUAUGGUCAUAUUUUUAUUUAAAACAAUCAUUUUACUACCACACAGGUCCUUUGGAAGUAGCUAUAUCAGGCGGAGUCGCUGGGGCAUGUUUUUGGUCUUCAGUUUUUCCCACAGAUGUUGUAAAAUCUAGGGUUCAGGUCAGUGUAGUAACUGUAUUAUUAAUUACAUGCAUGUAGUGUUUUCAAGACUUUGUAAAAUAUUGGGUAAACUUAAGCAAGCCCAGUAGUCUUUGCAAAGAUGAUGAACAUUGUAUUUUUAUUUUAAUUACUUUGCCGUCAUAUGAGAAACCACAACUGCAGCUAUUGCCAAUUACCGCAGUCCCAAUAGUACAGGAACAAAUUUCAAAGUACAGUUGUUACACAUAAUAAACAAUAUUUGGAUAAUAGAACAACAUGCUCAUGAAAGGUUCGUCACAAAUGCACACUUUUCCAUGCAUGUACAGGGACCUCAACGUCGUAUGUAUUCUCUAAUGCUAGGAUAUAUAGUAAUCAUGGAAUUAAAGUAGUUUUUUGAUGUUCUGUUUUUGGAUGUAGUAUAGUUAGGAAUGGUAUGUUCCAUAUUCUUGUUGCUCUGCAUACCUCUUAUGAUCUUUGAUAGGUUGACGUAUUAGUAUAUAUUUUAUAGGUUGACGUAUUAGUAUAUAUAUUUUGUACGAGUUGGGGUAAGAUGAUCUUGUUAAUUUGUCUUGAUGGUUAAGUAGUUUCUUCCACAAUGCAAUCACCAGAAUGCAAUAUGGUUUCUUUAGAGUCCACCAGGAGUUCUGUCUUCACUCGGCUCACAAUUAGAAAAAGUUAGAAAGCAAUAUUGCACACAUUCAACUUUAUGUUGUGAUUAUUGUAGACUGGAAGCAAUAACAGUGGCUAUCCAAAGGGAUUUUUGAGUCUAACAUACACUAUUUUCAAACGCGAAGGUGAGAUUUAUAGUAAAUAUUUAUGUUUAAAGGCCCAAUUUGUGCUGCGAUUUCUAGUGCGAUUUUCGUCUCCUGAUGGUUGUGAAUGAGUAGACGAGUUAUGAAUGUUCCGAGUACAGUACGUGUCCCUUCAUCUGAACAUUCAUAACUUAUCCACUCGUUCACAUCCAUCAGAAGAAGAAAAUCGCACCUAUAAAAUCGCAGCAAUAAUUAUAACUGUGAACGGGCUUUAAGAUGUGUAUUGCAAUUGUAGCUCUCUUCACAUUUAUUCAUCUUAUUCAGGUUAAAAACCGGCAAAGCAUCUUUAUAUUGCUUAAGUUGCUAUUAUAUAUGCUUCUAUACGCUUAUAUGGUUCUUGCAUGCCGUUACUUGCCGAUGUAACGCUCACAACGUUAAUAAAUAUAGAUUAUUCAUUACGUGUGUGUUUCUGCCAAGUACAUGUAGCAUGGUCAUACAUGGUUUAUAUUGAUUUUUACAACGUGUAGUUUUCUGAAAUUGCAGAAUAUAAAGCUUUUCUUCAUGCGUGAAAGUUAAACUUACAUACAAUAAAUAUUUCAGAACCGACCCUGUGUUGGGGACUGAGGCGAUUAUUCCUCUGCCACCUCAAAAUGACCAUCCUAGCAAUACGAUAUGGAACAUAAUUGAGCUAUUGUACUGUUGCUGUAUUUAUAUUAUUUUACCUUUUACUCUAAACCUUUACAAUUUCACAAUUAGGUAUUCGAGCACUAUAUAAAGGUCUUGGCCCAGCUAUCCUACGAUGCUUUCCAGCAAAUGCAGCUUUAUUCCUAGCGUAUGAAGGAACAGAACGGUUACUAAAGUGAAACAGUCAUGUGUUUCAUUAAAUUGUAAGUAUACCGCGUAUAUAGUUAUUAAUCAUGCUGGUAUUUUAACUGUAUCUUAAAAGAUUUCCUAAACUUAAAUACGGACAUUAAAUCUUAACAGUGGCAAUUUAUUGUUAUUGCAUGUAUAUAUAUUACGCGAGAAGGAAACUAAAGAUAAUAAUAACAUGAGAAUUUUAAUUAUUUCAGAUUGUUAAACCUUUCGUCUGAAGAUAAAUUUAUGCUUUGCAUUACCAAUAUUUUAAUAUAGUGAGGCUUACAGUGUUUGGUUAGCUUAACUGUUUAAGUAAAAAACGUACGAUUACAAUUACGAAUAAUUCUAUAAAGAUGAGAUUUUUAAAGUACCUUCGAGGUUGAGUUCUCACAGCCUUCGGCAAUUUUGUCCAUGUAUAUAUACAUGUAUUUUAUUUUAUUUUAUUUAAAUUACUAUUCACAAACAGUAUCUCCGUCUUAAUCUUUUUAGCAUGUCACUUCACUGUGUGAAUUUUUGCCAGGAUCCAAAUGUGUGCAUGUAUACCCCUUGCAUGGCACAUAAAAAUAUCAUAGCUUGUAAACAAGAUGUGUUCCUGCCGCUUGUUCCAUGCAGUUGUUGACAAGUCUGGAACAAGUUGGUAUCAUCUUGUAACAAGGUUGAUGAGGCAAACAGACUUGCAGCAAGUUAUUCCAACAAGCCUGAUGGCGUCUGUAUACGUAAGUUGUUAAAUAUAUUAGUCUUGUUCGAACAACUUGUAGCAAGUCUGUUACCGUUAUCAACCUUGUAACAAGGUGAUCAUGAUAACAAAUUAACUUGUUCCAGACUUGUCACAACAACUGGGAACAAGCAGUGCGAACACAUCCUGAUGUUGGCCUCGUAUAUAGGCGUAGCUCAGUUGGCAGAGCAUUCACUAGUAUCCCAAAGGUCGCGGGUUCGAUUCCCAUGCAUUUUCCACCGUGGUCAGGCUAACAGCCUGCCCAGUGUGGAUAUAUACACUCAGAGUAACAUCGAAAACAUUAUAUUCACCUGAGUACAUAACAUCAAAACACACACACACACAAAUAAUAUUAACCUUGUUACCACUUGCAGAUCUGUAACAACUUGCGCGUUUUUACGUUUGUAUUCACGCAACGACUCGGGACCAAUGACUGUAAACCAAAUGAUUGUGUAUAAAGCUUUUUGUUGUUUUCCUGCAUAGGUUUAUCGAUUCACUCGUGGAAGAAUGCAGAUUGAACCAAGUUGGUAUUGUAUUAGUUCCUAGUCGCAAAAAUAGUUUGCAAUAAUUAGCGCGAUAUGACAGUAUGUCCGAAAUAUAAUACGUGGCGGCUCUGUCUCAUGCAGUAUUCUAACAAAAAAUAAUACGUAUUUCUUUGUAACUAUCUGAAAGAAAGUAAGAAACCUUCGAAAUUUUGCGCGAAAUAUCCUUCGUAUAUGGGCUUUCUUCCGUCCCCUUCCGCCUCUUCGAAGUAUUUUGUAUCUCUUUCAGGUAGUUAUACGAAAGUACAAAGGAAAUCACUACCGUGUCGGUGGUUUUAUAUGUGGUAAAAAAUCGUAUAAACUUUAGGUUUGAUUUUCUCGGCUUAGAAAAUGUUUAUUUUUAAAAUUACUUUUUAAGCCAUUUAAAACACUCGCAGUCCGUGCUUUAUCAGACAUAAUAUAUGCACUCGCGAGCUGCGCUCUCGUGUUUUAUAUCUGAUAAAGCACUCCUGCUCGUGUUUUAAAUAGUACAUAAAAUAAAUAUAUAUUGUAUACGGUGACACAAUUUAUUUUCUUUGAUAUGCUGUUUUUUUAUACAGUAGUAAUGAACUGCUACUGUACGGCCUUUUCGCGUUAUCUCCCACCGAUUGCGGUACUUCAUGUAUGAUUAUUAGCGGUGUGGGCAUGAUAUAAUUUUAAUAUUUAAAUAUAGCAUUUUCAUGAAUAUAAUAAAUUAUAAUAUUAUAUUUACAUAGUCCUAAUAUAGCUGUAGUAUUUAAAGAAUUAAUAGUAUUUAAGGAAUUCCAAUAUUUAACGGUUUUGUAUGUUAACACAAAAUUUCUAGAAAACUACAAAUAGUGCA